GGAAGAUGGCGAUCGCCGUCAGCUUUUGUUUUCCUUCGUCUUCGGACCCUGCCCCGUGACUCCAUGGAUUCCGAGCAGACGGACGGUGACCGGGGUGGAGGCGACGGAGGAGGAGGAGGGGGAGAAGGGAGCACCCCUUCGAACCUGGACCGGAUGUCACCUCACCAGAAGCAGGUGUUCCUGGACAAAGUGAAGGCGUCGAACCAGGCGUGCAGCGAAGGAGACUUCCACACGGCCGUGCUGCUGUACACGCAGGCACUGGAGAUGGACCCGGGGAACGCCAUCCUCCACUCGAACAGGAGUGCCGCGCUGGUGAAGCUGGGGCAGGGGCACCGGGCGCUCCAGGACGCGAUCCGUGCGAGGGACAUCAGUCCCAAGUGGGGCAAGGCAUACUACCGGCAAGGAGUGGCGCUGCAGAGUCUCGGCCGGCCGGCGGAGGCACUGGCCGCCUUCGCCUCCGGCCUCGCCCAGGAGCCCAAGUCCACCCAACUUCUGGCCGGCCUCGUCGAGGCUGCCAUGAAGAGUCCCCUUCGAGCGACCCUGGAGCCAACCUAUCGCCAACUGCAGACGAUGCGCUUGGACAAGUCCCCCUUCGUGAUGAUCUCCGUGAUCGGCCAGGAGCUGCUGGCGGCGGGCCACUACUCCUCGGCUGUGGUGGUGCUGGAGUCUGCCCUGAGGAUCGGGACGUGCAGCCUGAAGCUCAGGGGCUCCGUCUUCUCGGCGCUGUCCUCGGCCUACUGGGCGCUCAACUCGCUGGAUAAGGCCCUGAACUACAUGCAGCAGGACCUGGCAGUGGCAAAAGCCCUCGGCGACAUCGCCGGGGAGUGCCGGGCCCACGGGAACCUCGGGUCGGCGUACUUCAGCAAGGGCUGCUUCCGGGAGGCCCUCACGUCCCACAGGUACCAGCUGGUACUGGCGAUGAAGUGCAAGGACACGGCGGCGGCGGCGGUGGCGCUAACGAGUCUGGGUCACGUGUACACGGCGAUCGGGGACUUCUCGAACGGGCUGGCGUCGCACAAGCAGUGCGUGCAGCUGGUCAAGCAGAUCGGGGACAAACUGCAGGAGGCGAGGGAGAUCGGCAAUGUGGGAGCGGUGUACCUGGCGACGGGGGACUUCGACAACGCGGUGCAGUGUCACAUGGAACAUCUCCGGAUCGCGAAGGAGUUGGGCAACAGGGUGGAAGAGGCGAGGGCGUACAGCAACCUGGGGUCGUCGCAUCACUACAAGAGGAACUUCGAGCAGGCGAUCACGUUCCACAAUCACGUGCUGGUGAUCGCGCAGGAAUUGAGGGACAAGACGAUCGAGGCGAGGGCGUACGCGGGGUUGGGACACGCGGCCAGGUGCAUGGGGGAUUACGUCCAGGCGAAGAAGUGGCACGAAAAGCAGCUGGACAUGGCGCUGGCGACCAAGGACAAAGUGGGGGAGGGGCGGGCGUGCUCCAAUCUGGGGAUCGUGUAUCAGUUGCUGGGAGACCAGGACGCGGCGUUGAAGUUGCACCAGGCUCAUCUGAACAUCGCUCGGGCGCUGGGCGACAGGGCGGGGAUGGGGCGGGCGUACGGGAACAUCGGGAACGCGUACAGCGCGAUGGGUUACUACGACCAGGCGAUCAAGUACCACAAGCAGGAACUGACGAUCUCGAAGGAGGUGAACGACCGGAACAGCGAGGCGUCGACGCACGGAAACCUGGCCGUGGCGUACCAGGCGGUGGGGAUGCACGAGAUGGCCCUGCUGCACUACCACAGCCACCUCGGGAUCGCGAGGGAACUGAAGGACACGGCAGGCGAGGCCUGUGCCCUCUGCAACCUCGGGAACUGCCAUUCAUCCCGCGGGGAGUUCGGCGAGGCCGUCCCGUACUACGAGCAGUACCUGAUGCUAUCGCAGGAGCUGCAGGACGUGGAGGGCGAAGCGAAGGCCUGCCACUUCCUCGGCUACGCCCACUACUGCCUCGGGAACUUCAAGGAGGCGAUCCGCUACUACGAGCAGGAUCUGUCGCUGGCGAAGGAUCUCCAAGACCGGAUGAGCAUGGGCAGGGCGUACUGCAACCUGGGCCUGGCUCAUCUGGCGCUCCAGCACCUGCAGAAGGCCCUGGACUGUCAGAAGUACUUCUUGGCCAUCGCCCACAUGAUGAAGCACGCGUCCGGGAAGUUUCGCGCCCUGGGGAACAUCGGGGACGUGCUGAUGAAGCAGGGAAACGUGGACGAGGCGAUCAAGAUCUACCAGAAGCAACUGGUGCUGGCGAAGAGCGUGCGGGACAAGGGGCUGGAGGGCUCGGCGUUCGGAGCGCUGGGGCAGGUGCACCGGCAGCUCAAGCGGCUGGACAAGGCGCUGGGGUUUCACACGCAGGAGUUGGCACUGAGGAGAGAAAUCGGAGACGUACGCGGCGAGUGCCGCGCCCAGAGCCACCUGGGUGCCGUGCACACGGCCCUCGGGAACCACGCGGGUGCCGUCCGGGCGUACACGGAGCAAUUGGAGAAGAGCAGGGCGCUGAGGGACAGCGGACUGGAGGCGCAGGCAUACGGGAACCUGGGCAUCGCACACCUCAACAUGAGGGAACCGCAGAAGGCGAAUGCCUUCUUCAGGCAACAGCUGUCCAUCCUCAACCAGCUCUCGUCCACUUCGGCUGCCAUCGAUAAGAUGUAUGCCCUGGAGAACAUGGGGACGUGCUAUACUGUGCUGGGGGAGCACAGCUCAGCGCUGCACUGCCACGAGGAGCAGCUCCGGCUGGCCCUGCAGAGCAAGAGCCUCCAGAAGCAGGAGGCUGCUUACAAGGCCCUCGGCACCACCCACAAGGCGCUCGGGAAUCUCCAGGAGGCACUGGUGAACUUUGAGAAGCGUUUGGUAGUCUCUCAUGAGCUGGCCACGCCUCAACUGAAGGCCUCUGCAUACGGGGACCUGGGGAACGUCCACCGGGAACUGGGCCAGUACGAACAAGCUAUGUCCUGCCUCGAGCACCAGAUGUCCAUAGCCCGGGAGCUGGGUGACCGGUUGCUGGAGGGUGAGGCGGCGGCAGGGCUCGGGCGGGUCUACCACUGCAUGGGGGACCCGACUCGAGCGCUCAAGUACCAUCAGCUGGACCUCAGCCUCGGGGAGGAGACGGGACAGAAAAGGGCACAGGCACGAGCCUUCCACAACAUCGGGGAGGCGUACGAGGCGCUCGGGAACCUCCAGGAUGCGCUCGGUUACCAGAAGGAUUUCCUCUGCCUUGCAUCGCAGCUCCAGGACCAGGAGGCCAAGACCAGUGCCUAUGCAUCACUUGGUCGAAUCCAUUUGAGCAUGGGUCGAAUGGGAGAGGCACUGGCAUCCUUUGAGGCUGGCUUAGAGCUUGCAGAGGGUCAGGGACACUGGGAGGAGGAGGCACGGCUGCGGCACCAGAUGGGGAUCACCCUGUGGAAGGAGGGGAACCUGGAAGAUGCUGCUCUGCAGCUUCGGAAGGCCUCCACUCUCCUGGACACCCUGCGCAAGCAGUCCCAGUGGUCCAAGGACCAGCGGCGGAAUGCCUUUCACCUCCAAACCGAAACGCUUCAUUCCCUUCAGAAAGUGUUGGUGUGUCUGGGCCGUUUGGAGGAGGCCCUGCUGGCCGCAGAGUGGGAGAAGUGCCGUAUUCCACUGGAGGUUGGGAGAGGGAAAGAACAUUGUCCGGCUACCCCAGCCGCUCUCAUGGAGCUCGUCCGCAGGCAGAAGGCCAGUGUCCUCUACUUCAGCAUUAUUGGCUCCACUCUCUUCACCUGGCUCAUCACCCCACAGAAAGGUGUGGUGGAGUUUGUUGAGCAGUCACUGGAAGUGGAGGGUGGGGAAGGGACCCUGAUAGAGCAGCAUCUGGAGAACAUGCGGGAGUCCCUCGGCGUGAACGUGAACUCCUCCGUGACGUCCCCUGCCUGUGCCGAUGGUGGGAGUGGCAGAGAGAACGUGGAAGAAGAGGAAGGGAACUACCUGAGGUUCUUCAACCGCUCGCAUCUCCUCAAUGCUUCCAGUUACUCCUUGUCGAGUCUCUUUAGCUUGGGCAGCGUGACGGGGAGCAUCGCGAGCGAAGCGGGAAGCAGAUGCGGGUCCAUGAGGUCUGCCGGUCCGUCUUGGCAGGGCCCGUCGUGCCUGCUGGCUCUCUACGAGCUCCUCGUGGCGCCGAUGGAUCAGUUCCUGCCACCGCCGUCUCAGCCGAGGGAACUCAUGCUGGUCUUGGACGGGGACUUGCACCUCGUUCCCUGGCCGGUCCUGAAGGGGCCGUCGUGCAACGAAUUCCUCUGCGAACGCUUCAGUCUUCUCGUCCUCCCGUCGCUGUCGGCUCUGCGCACCGGGCACAAAGGGAAGAGUCUCGUGGCGUCGGAGGAGAUCCCAUCCUCGGUGGUCGUGGGGAAUCCCGCCCUGCCGAAUGCGGUUCGGGCGGAAUGGGGCUGGCCCAACCUUCCCUACGCCGAGCAGGAGGCGAACAUCGUCGGAGAACUCCUGGGCGCGAAGCCGUUGGUCGGUCCCGCAGCGACGAAAGAGAACGUCCUUCGGGAGCUGGCAGACGCGCAGUGCAUCCACCUCGCGACCCACGUCUCGUGGCAGCUGUCGGCUCUGGUCGUGUCUCCGGGAGGCAUCGUGGAGCCCGGUCCGAUCAAGGACAAGGAGAACGGGGAGGAUCAAGAGACGGCAUCGGAUCUCUCCACGUCGCUCGAGGUCCCUCCUCCGAGUGAAUUCCUCUUGACUGCGACCGACAUACUCAACUUGAAACUCUCUGCCAAGCUGGUCGUGGUGAGCUCGUGUCACACGCGGGACGAGCGACAGGGCCGCGCUUCGACGCAGGGUGUCCUCCGCCUCGUGAGGAGCCUCCUCGCGGCUGGCGCUCACUGCGUCCUCGUCUCGCUCUGGCCCGUCCCCGACACGGCCGUCAAGAUCCUCCUUCGGACCUUCUACUCCUCGCUUCUACAGGGUGCACGCCUGAGUCGAGCCCUGAGCGAAGCCAUGAUGACGGUGCAGCACACGAAGCACUUCGCCCACCCGGCCAACUGGGCCGGGUUCCUCCUGUUCGGCGUCGAUGCCCGGCUCUCCAACAAGGUGGCGCUCAUGGGGCAGGCGUUGUGCCAGCUCCUGUCCACGCCGGACAAGUGUCGGCAUGCGCUCAGAGUCACGCUGCAUCUGGUGGAGAAAUCUCUGCAGCGCAUCAACCGCGGGCACAAGAACGCGAUGUACACGACGCAGCAGAGCAUCGCGAACAAAGUGGGAGAGGUGCAAGGCUGGAAGGACCUGCUCAUGUCGGUGGGAUUCAGGUUCGAGCCGCCGGCGAACGGGAUCCCGGCGAGCGUGUUCUUCCCGCAGAGCGACGCGGCGGGGCGCCUGCCGCAGUGCAGCGCGAGCCUCCAGGCGCUGCUGGGGCUGUCGUCGGCCUCGGUGCAGGCGCUGGCGAAGCUCCUGAUCUCGCCCGAGGCGGCCGAGGACCUCAUCGGGAUCGUCCGGGACGUGAUCGGGCAGUUCACCUCGCACGAGCUCGACAUGGAGAGCAUCGAGGUCCCGAUGAGCAUGAGUCUGUGGCGGAGACCCGGCUGCCACGAACUCCUCGCUUCUUUGGGCUUCGACUUGAUGGAGGUCGGUCGAGACCAGGUUCACCUUCGAACGGGGAAACAGGCCAAUAAGAGGAGUAUCCAUUUCGCACUCCAGGCCCUUCUCGCCCUAUUUGAUACCCAAGAAGCACCGCGAAGCCUGAGCCUGGACGAAUCCAGCAGCCUCGAGAGCCUGGAAUCCUCGAGCCUGAGUCACGCCGAGGACGAGCUGGAAGACGAGGACGAAGAGAGGCGGGACCGGACGUCGACGUCCCCGAUGGCCCUCUUCGGCAAGGGCGGAGCGUUCGCGUCCUACGUCCGGAGCCGCGGGGAACCGGACGGCCGGACGGCCGCCACCAACGAAUCCAAGCGCAGCGAGAGCGACGCCAACUUCACUCCCAGCCCGGUGGAUCCGUCUCACAAGGCCGGGUUCCACCUCCCCCUGCAGACGAGUCCCAAGGUCUCCUUGGCGCUGUCGCAUCAGACGAAGAUCCGCUCGAUGUACGAGAGCAGCAGCAGUGCCAGUUCCCUCACGGACUGGGAAGCGUCGAGCACCGCCCGCAAGGCGGUGCGAACGACGAACGACCCGACGAUCACGACGGUCGACAGCAUCCAGGAUCACAUCAUCGCGACCCAGAUGACCCGUCUGAACCGCGAAGCCCCGCUGACGGACGUGUACCGCGACCGCCACGUGGGACUCGGACUCGCCCCGCCCCUGUCCAAACUCCUCAUGUCCGUGAGCAAGGAGGACAUCGUGCUCUCCGAGGCCGAGAACAAGUCCGGCUCGGACGACACGUACGGGAACCUGGACCAGGUCUCGGUCGCGGAAGGCACGACGUAUUCCCUGCCCGUGGUCCCCCCCGUGGUUCCCCCCGUGCCCCCCAAACGCGUCCCGCCGCCGAAACAGUGGGCCCUGCCGGGCCAUCGACACGAACUCCCGCGUCGCAGCGACGGAGACGGUCGGUCCAUGACGGAAUCCAAUUACGCCGCGUGUUCUCCGCAGGACGCGAAGACCCGCGGGAUCCUCCGAGCCGACUACGCCGCGUUCAACCCGGCCUACGAGGACGAGAACGAGACGCCGACCGGAUCGGCCGCGACCCUCGACGCUUCCCAGGUCGAAGAGAUCACGGAGUACAUCGAGGAGGUGUUGAAGCCCCGAACGGGGAGCGAAGAGAGGAGAUCCUCGGGGAAGGGGAGCCGAGGAAGCCGACUCUCCGGGGGCUGGACUCGUCCCUUCAAGGUGUUCCACCCCGGAGCAUCCAACACGACUCAUUGAUCCGUGCGGUCCGGCCGUGUCUCAUGCGGGCGCGAGAGCGAGUGCAGCCGACGCGAGUGCCAGAGAUGGAGAUAUUUAUAUUGUGAUGUCGGUGCCGAGUUGCCUUUACCGCGAGGAGCAAUAAAGGGCCAUUUCUCGUUUGCGAGUUCGCGAUUAGGGGAAUCCGUCGGAUCGCGUUUCUAAGCGGU